AUGAAAAAAUCAAAUGAAAAACAAUCAUAUUCACUAAAAUGUGAACCUCCGCUUAAAAGGCAUCUUUAUUCAAUUGAAAAUUUCAUUAAACUAUUUUAUAUUGUUUUAGUAUCCUUUUAAUUUCACGCAUGUUAUAUUGGAAUGAUAAGCUCAGUUUUAGGAAUGAUUAGACGAAAAUCCUUUAAUACUGAUUUUACAAUGAAUAUAUUGUAUUUAUUGAAUAUUAGUUUUUUUAAAUGCACCAAUAAUUACAUGUAUCACUUACCAAUUUUAAUACAUUAUGUAAUUGGUAUUGCAGAAUAUAUUAAUUUAAGAUAAGGAUCUAUGUAUGAAAGUAUUAAGUUUAAUAUUUUAUAGCAUGCAAGAAUUUUGUUAUAACAAUAUAAUAAACUAAAGAAUUUUUUUUAGAUUUUAGAUGUAAAUAUGAAUUUAUGCUUGUUCCUUUAAGUGUAUUGAUGGUAAUUGUAAGUGAUUCUUCAUGGUGGCUAGUAAUAUUACAUGGAUUUUAUGUUGUAACAAAAACAAUAGCAAUGAAAGUAUUUCAAUAAAUAAAAUAAUAUUUAGGAUAUGUUUGAAAUUUAUUUGAGUAUAAGAAAGAAAGUUAGAUUAUGA